UUCGAUCGUUCUUGGGAGCGACUUCCACCCGAAAUGCACGACUAUAUCUGGAGCUUCGUGGAGAGUUCGAACAACAAAGCUGAGGUCUCAAGGCUUUCUCUAGUCUCGCGAGCCCACUCCCGACGAUUUCGCCCUCGUCUCUUCGCCAGCCCUGUGCUCAGGAGCGAGGAAGAUUGCCAUACGCUCUACAGCAUAGUGCGAUCCCCGCUGUCGGCCUGGCUUGCAGAGCACGUCACCACGUUGAGGUUUCAUAGUACUUGCUUUCCCAAUCCUCCAUUCUGGAUGACACUCGUUCGCUUCUUGCCUGCGUGCUGGACUAUCGAUAAGCUCAACCACGACCCCCUCAUUCCUCCCGGGCGUAUUUCGCGGACUGCAGCUUUGAAGAGCUCUCUGAAGAAUAUCACCUGUCUGAAGUUACUCCAUUGCGACUUCCCUUCAUUCCGAAUUCUUCUUCGCGUGUUGGGGGAUAUCAUCCACCUAGAAUCUAUUGAUUUCAAGCACGUCACAUGGAAGGCUGACCCCCUCUUGAUAAUUGAUACCGUAAACAAUGUCACCAACGGUGCCUUCAGCCAUGUCAACUCAAUUCAAAUGCGGAGCUGUACAGACAAUGUGGCAGUGCCCGCCUGGAUCUUCGCUGCUAUUAGCACGCAUCACUCGUUCAGCAGACGUCAAGCUGCGCCGAUAGCUCCUGGAGAAACAUUGUCCCUCAUCAAAUUUAUGCAGAAUUUCUUAGGCGAUGACAUGAUCGAGAAUUCGACAUUCGACGCCAAAGAUACUGAUGCAGGUGAUUCAUUCAUCGAUGUUUACACAUUCGUUGGUUACCUAUCCGGGUCGAAGGCGGUCGAAGGCUCGGACACAGUGACUAGGAUGCGCGUACGUUUGUGGGUUCAGCUCGCAAGAUCAACGUCUCCUGGCGGCGAUGAUGAGUCUUGGUCUAUUCAUCACAUCUUCAUCACGGACUCGCAAACCACUGACAACUAUAAUGGCAACGGAUUGUACACCGACUAUCUCGACUCUCGCAAUUGGUCCAUACUCCCUUCCCUUCUGACCGCGCUUCCACGACUUCAGCCACUCGAAAUCCUUUGCCAGGGAGAUCGCUCAGAAACCAACUUUCGCGCCCUA